AACAAUAAAUAUUUUAAAGACAAGUUAUAACAAUAAUUUUCGGUCUAUCUUCACGUAAUGCUGAUAUUUAAAUAAAAACGAUUUUCAAAUUUAUAAAUUUGGAAUGGCCGUAUCCAGAAGCAACUGUUCUCGUACUGCAGAUGACCUGAGAGAUCAGCUUAGGCAACAGGGCAUAAACAUUGUAUUCGAAGAUCAUGACUGGGAAGAGACUUCAGCAACAGCAGACGAUGAGUUAGAAAAGGCAAUGGCAUCCGGAACACGCAUCAUCAUCAUUGAGCCUUUAGAAUUGGGAGAGAUGACUUCAGUUUGGAUUGGAUUCGGACGUUUUCUAAAUAGAUUAUCAUUAUACACUGGAUUAGGAACGUUAGCAACAGCCUACUUUUGGCCUAAGAAUCCCCAUUUCUACUGCUCAUUGGGUGCUAUCAAUUUUGUAUGCACAGCUAUGUAUGGUGUCGCGUGGCAAUUUGAUCCUUGCUCCAAGUACAGGGUUGUAAAAAGUCCUUCUGAAAGAGCAAAUUUGCCACUUCAUUUAAUUUCUACAUAUUGUCCCGUGGUGCUCGCCAGAAAAAAUACUCUCCCGAUGAAUUGCACUCGAAUCAUUUUAACAUUUUCUGCAGUUGGUUAUUGCUUGUGGAAUGUUUACAAAUUAUGGAGAGGAGAAAUCAUACCAGGAUGUGAACUGUAUUAAUUGAAAUCCUCAAAUUUCAUGAAAAUUCAAAUCGAAUUCAAUUCCUUACAGAAAUGUUUCUUUUUUCAAAAUUUAGUUUCAAAAAUGAUUUAAUUAGUAUUCGAAAAAUUAAAGUUAAAUCUUUAU